AUGAAUGUGUAUGACGACGUUCUCGAUGCCACUGUUGUGUCGCAUUCUAUAACAGCACAAUUUACUACGUCUGACUAUGAAGAGCUCUUAGUUGUAAGGACGAAUAUCCUGUCUGUGUACAGACCUACUAGGGAUGGAAAGUUGUAUUUAACUGAUGAGUUCAAGUUUCAUGGCUUGAUCACUGAUGUAGGUCUUAUUGCCCAACAGGAUAGUCCUUUAAGUUGCUUGCUUUUAUGCACCGGCGUUGCCAAAAUCUCUAUUCUAAAGUUCAACACCUUGACAAACACAAUCGAUACGUUAAGCCUGCAUUACUAUGAGGGCAAGUUUAAGGAUAAAUCUUUGGUGGAACUGGCCAAAACUUCUACACUAAGAAUGGACCCUGGGAGUACCUGCGCGCUGCUAUUCAAUAAUGACAUUCUUGCAUUUUUACCUUUCCAAGCCAAUAAAAACGAUGAAGAUGAUGAUGAGGAAGAAGAUAAUAUGGACGACGAGGAGCUAGUUCAUAAUAUAGACGACAAAUCUCAAGAAACGGCUGCCUUUUAUAAGAGGAAGAGGACAAAGCUAUGUGACACAUUCACAGGACCGAGUGUAGUAUUGACGGCCAAUGAAUUAUACGAGGGCGCUAAAAAUAUCACUGAUAUUCAGUUCUUAAAAAAUUUCACCAAGCCAACAAUAGCGGUUUUAUACCAACCGAAGCUCGCCUGGGCAGGUAAUAGUACCAUUUCAAAACUCCCCACGCAAUAUGUUACACUCACAUUAGAUAUUCAGCCUUCUGAAAAAUCUACCAAGAUCGAAUCAACGACAAUAGCCUUUGUAAAGGAAUUACCUUGGGAUCUGCAUACAAUCGUGCCUGUUUCAAAUGGUGCUGUAAUUAUAGGGGCUAAUGAACUAGCGUUUCUAGAUAAUACAGGUGUUUUACAAUCAACAAUAUUAUUAAAUUCAUUUGCUGGCAAGGAUUUGCAAAAAACGAAAAUUAUCGACAAUUCCUCAAUGGAGAUUUUGUUCAGAGAAAAAAGUACAGCAUCAAUUUGGAUGGCUUCGUCCAAGAAUAAAUCCGGUGCAAAUAAUUAUGACGAAACCUUGCUACUUAUGGACAUCAAAUCCAAUAUAUACUACAUCCAAAUGGAAGCCGAAGGUAGAUUACUAAUUAAAUUUGACAUCUUUAAGCUUCCUAUUGUCAAUGACCUCUUGAAGGAAAACUCCAAUCCAAAAUCUAUAACACGUUUGAAUGCGACAAACUCAAACAAAAAUUUGGAUCUAUUCAUUGGUUUUGGGUCAGGGAAUGCUCUGGUUCUUAGAUUGAAUAAUUUGAAGUCUACCAUUGAAACACGAGAGAAACACAAGGCAACCUCCAAUACGAAUACUUUCAUGGAUGACAAUGAUGAAGAUGAUGAAGAAAUGGAGGAUUUAUACGCCGACGAAGCCCCAGCGAAUGGACUAACUAAUAAUAAUUCCAAGGAUACAGUGGAAACUGUUCAACCAUUUGAUAUAGAACUGCUAUCGUCUUUGAGAAAUAUUGGUCCUAUCACAUCAUUGACCGUUGGUAAAGUAUCUUCCAUUGAUGAUAUAGUAAAAGGACUACCAAAUCCAAACAAAAACGAGUAUUCCUUAGUUGCCACAUCCGGAAACGGUUCAGGCUCUCAUUUGACCGUUAUACAGACCAGUGUUCAACCAGAAAUCGAAUUAGCGUUAAAAUUCAUUAGUAUAACGCAAAUCUGGAAUCUCAAGAUCAGGGGAAAAGAUAAGUACUUGGUAACAACUGAUUCCACCAAAUCCAGGAGUGACAUAUAUGAAAGUGACAACAAUUUUGAGCUUCAUAAGGGAGGCCGUUUAAGAAGAGAUGCUACUACAGUUUACAUUUCGGUGUUUGGUGAAGAAAAAAGAAUAAUACAAGUUACCACUAAUCAUCUUUACUUAUAUGAUACACAUUUUAGGCGUCUCACCACAAUUAAGUUUGAUUAUGAAGUUAUUCAUGUUUCAGUAAUGGAUCCAUAUAUCCUAAUUACUGUUUCAAGAGGUGAUAUUAAGAUAUUCGAACUUGAAGCAAACAAUAAAAGAAAGUUGUUAAAAGUUGAUUUGCCAGAAAUCUUGAAUGAGAUGGUUAUUACAUCUGGUUUGAUUUUGAAAAGUAAUAUGUGUAAUGAAUUCUUGAUCGGAUUGAGUAAAUCUCAAGAAGAACAGUUAUUAUUUACAUUUGUUACCGCAGAUAAUCAAAUAAUUUUUUUCACUAAAGAUCAUAAUGACAGAAUUUUCCAGCUAAAUGGUGUCGAUCAAUUGAACGAAUCUUUAUACAUCAGCACCUAUCGAUUGGUUGAUGAGAUCGUUCCUGAUCCAUCGAUAAAGCAGGUAAUGAUAAAUAAGCUGGGUCACGACAAUAAAGAAGAGUAUUUGACAAUACUAACCUUUGGAGGGGAGAUUUAUCAAUACAGAAAGUUGCCUCAGAAGUGCAGUAGAUUCUAUAGAAACGUCACAAGAAAUGAUUUGGCUAUAACUGGUGCACCAGAUAAUGCAUACGCUAAGGGGGUCAGUUCAAUUGAAAGAAUUAUGCAUUAUUUCCCUGACUACAACGGUUAUUCGGUAAUAUUCGUAACCGGCAGCGUUCCAUAUAUAAUAAUAAAAGAGGAUGAUACCACGCCCAAGAUUUUCAAGUUUGCAAAUAUACCUUUAGUUUCAGUCACACCUUGGAAUGAACGUUCAGUAAUGUGCGUCGAUGAUAUUAAAAAUGCUAGGGUCUACACACUAACCAUUAACAAUAUGUACUAUGGUAACAAAUUUCCAUUAAAACAGAUAAAGAUAAGUAAUGUACUUGAUGACUACAAAACUUUACAAAAAAUUGUUUAUCAUGAAAAGGCACAAUUAUUUCUCGUAUCUUACUGCAAGAGGAUCCCCUAUGAAGCAUUAGGGGAAGAUGGAGAAAAAGUUACUGGCUAUGAUGAGAAAGCUCCACAUGCGGAAGGAUUUCAAGGCGGAAUACUGCUUAUUAACCCAAAAAGUUGGAAGGUAAUUGACAAAAUUGACUUUCCAAAGAAUUCUGUUGUCAAUGAAAUGAGAUCUUCAAUGAUUCAAAUCAAUUCAAAAACUAAAAGAAAAAGAGAAUAUAUUGUGGCUGGUGUUGCGAAUGCCACUACCGAAGACACUCCGCCAACUGGCUCUUUCUACAUCUAUGAUGUCAUUGAGGUUGUCCCUGAACCCGGUAAACCUGAUACAAAUUAUAAGCUCAAAGAAAUUUUCCAGGAAGAAGUCAACGGUACCGUGUCUACCGUUUGUGAAAUCAGCGGAAGAUUCAUGAUUAGCCAAAGCCAAAAAGUCUUGGUAAGAGAUAUUCAAGAAGAUAAUUCCGUCAUACCAGUGGCAUUUUUGGAUAUUCCUGUAUUUGUAACGGACUCUAAAAGCUUUGGAAAUCUUUUGAUAAUUGGUGACGCCAUGCAAGGAUUCCAAUUUAUUGGGUUUGAUGCAGAACCAUAUAGAAUGAUUCUAUUGGGUAGAAGCGUAUCAAAAUUCCAAACAAUGUCACUAGAAUUUUUAGUAAACGGAGGUGACAUGUAUUUUGCCGCAACUGACGCUGAUAGGAAUGUACAUAUACUAAAAUAUGCACCAGAUGAGCCAAAUUCUCUAUCAGGUCAACGUUUGGUCCACUGCUCUAGUUUCACGGUCCAUUCCAUCAAUAGUUGCAUGAUGCUCCUACCAAAGAACCAGGAAUUCGGCUCUUCUCAGGUACCAUCGUUUCAAAAUGUUGGUGGCCAAGUCGAUGGGUCUGUCUUCAAAAUAGUUCCCUUAAGUGAAGAAACAUAUAGGAGACUGUACCUGAUCCAACAACAAAUCAUCGAUCGAGAAUUACAGCUAGGUGGGUUAAACCCCCGUAUGGAGAGAUUGGCCAACGACUUUUAUCAAAUGGGUCACUCCAUGAGACCCAUGCUUGAUUUCAACGUUAUACGGAGAUUUAGCGGACUUUCUAUUGAUAGACGAAAAAAUACUGCUCAAAAAGCUGGAAGACAUGCACAUUUUGAAGCGUGGAGAGAUAUCAUAAAUAUUGAAUUCUCAAUGAGAUCCUUGUGCCGGAAUAAGUGA